UAACGAUUGAAUGUAGAAAAUUUGUGCCAGACCUAUCGACAACUAUAAGAGAGAGCAAUGCGAUCAAUGUCAAUUCUGAAAUGGUUAGCGAUCCAUUUCAUAAAUUACUCGAAUCUGUGUUGAAACUCGGUGCAUGCUACAUAAAGAAAACGAUUGAGAAUAAGAAAUUGGCAUCCGACCUAUCAACAGCAACCAAGAAAAAGGACGAUACAAUCAUUCUCAGUUCAGAAGAAACAAAAAAUCCAUUUCCUCAAUUACCUGUCCCUCUUUUGGAGAAGAUCAUUAAGUCUCUUACCAGCGGAAGAAAAUCAACACAUGCAAAUAUUCUAGAACAACUCAUCACCUCACAACUUCAACAUUUGACAUUAUCUUUUUACUCUGAAAGUUACUUGAGUUUAUUUCCCAAGCUGGAAAAUUUGAUAAUUCUUAACCUUAAAGACACCGGAGUAGGAAACGACUGUUUGAAAAGCAUUGGGAUUUACUGUUCCAAAUUAAGGUGGCUGAAUGUGACAAGAUGCGUUAAGGUGACAGACACUGGAAUUCAAUGGCUCUGUGGCGAGGCUGAUUUUCCCGAGAUGGGAAAUGAAAAAUCGGGACUUUGUGAGACUCUGAAAAGACUGGAUCUUAUUUGCACUAGUGUUACACAGCGGGGAAUCCAAAUGGCUCUCACGCAUUUACUGUCUUUAGAAAUAAUUAAUCAUUAUGAUACCUUUGAAGCCUUGUUAGAAUUGGCUCAGUCAGCGGAAGAUUCAAAGCGUGUUGAUUGUUUCAACGGUAAAUUGUCCGUACUUAUUCUGCACACCACUCGUAAUAAGCCUUAUAUAAACGGUAGCCUUCAAGUAGCACUCUCCAUGUGCAAUUCACUCACUCGUGUCACAAUCUACGCAACCAGGGGUUUUAAAGACAGUGACCUUUUGGGCUUAAUUGUAAUUAAGGUGCUCCGCGGAUUAAAAAUCUUAAGGUCUGAUUCGAACGCAUUCAAUGAAAUGACCUUUGAAGGUGGCUUAUGUUCACUUCUCAAGGUAAUUGGCAACUCUUUGGAAGCGUUUGGCACUGAUUGUUUCGAUUCAAUCUGUAUUCCGACCAUAGCCGAGUUAUGUCCCAAUUUGACUGCUCUUUAUUUCAAAGACGCCGGAGGCAUGCUUAUUGAAAACGAAUUAAUAAACCUUCAAACGGAAAGGAAUCCAAACAUUUUUAAGAAAUUAACUCAUGUUUAUUGUUGGAGUAUUCCAUUCGAUAUCUUACUUUUUUUGUUAUGUUCUCCUUUACUUGAAGACAUUCGGUUUUUUUACUGUCGAUCGUUGACCGAUGAAGUCUUACGUAGGGCAGCCAAUUAUCAUGGAUUUCAUAAACUUGAAAUUCUGCAUCUACGAAAUUGCCACGUGGUGUCGGAGUAUGAUUAA